UCGACGCCAUGUUGAUUGCCCGGGAUCACCUACACAAAAUGCCAAAUACUUAGCUAGUUACAGCUCCGAGCGCACUGGCAUCAAUCUGAACCUCAAGCUAUCGAAUUUCCUUAUAACAUAGACCAGUCGUCAGUUUCCUCAAGCGACGUACUUUUGAACUAGGCCUUUCCAAAGUAGCCUUCAACGUCAGUCCACAGGGGGCAGCCAUCUUGGAAACUUUCAAAACAAACAAGUCGAAACAUAUACUUUUCACUUUCACUAGGUACUGUGGGGAGCGAGGGCCACCAAAACAUCCUCAUCACACUGUGAAAGUACCGAGAAUCCAUGCAGCACUACUAAAAAUCUUAAAGGAACUGAGGAGACUAGGAAACUAGCAUCAUAUAGAAGAUUUAUGUAGUUGGCGCUGGAUCAAGUAAUUACAUCCAUAGAAAAUUCUUUGCAUGCUCGCACCAGAGAAAACGGCUAGUCGUAAGGGAGCCUCAGGCCAGCGCGUGCCGGAAGUCAAGUGAGAAAUGGGCGUCCUUCGGCGCGUAUGCGGGGCGGUGGGCCUGGUGCUGGCCAUGGCGCUGGGCGUGGUGGCCAUUCUGCUGCUGGUGGCCAUCAUCCGGGCUGUCACCAUUGAGGGCGAGGACUACCGCGACCCCGGCCUCGAGGGCCUGGUGCGCGAGGAGCUUCCCGGGUGGUAUCUGCAGACGCUGCCGGAGCUGAUGGGCCGCGCCCUCGCCAUCCCCACGGUGUCCUCUGCCCCCGGGGACUAUGACACCGAGCAGCUCCUCCGCUUCCACGCCUUCCUCAGGGAAAGUUUUCCUAACGCCUUCAACGCCUCCUUCGUCGAGGUGGAGGUCGUCAACAACUACAGCUUCCUUUUCACUGUCAAGGGGAGUGACCCAACGCUGGAACCUUACCUGCUGGCGGCGCACAUGGACGUGGUGCCUGUGGACGCCAGCAAGUGGACGAAGGACCCCUGGAGCGGCCAGGUCAUCCCCGACCCCGAGACCGGAGAGGACUUCGUGUGGGGUCGCGGGGCCAUCGACGACAAACUGGGCGUGAUGGGCAUCAUGGCAGCGCUGGACUAUCUGCUGUCCUCGGGGUUCCAGCCAACGAGGUCCUUUUACGUGGCGUUCGGGCAUGACGAGGAGGUGCACGGCGAGGACGGCGCCGGCCACAUCGGAGCGCUGCUGCAGGGCCGGGGCGUCGCGCUGGAUUUCGUGCUGGACGAAGGCAUGCCCGUGCUGGACGGCGUCAUGGCCGGCAUGGAGAUCCCCGUGGCUGCAAUCGGCGUGACAGAGAAGGGGUGGAUGCGCGUCCGGCUGGAUGUGGAUGGCGAGGGCGGCCACUCGUCCAUCCCCCCCAACGACCAGGCCGUCACUCGCCUGGCGUCUGCUCUGGUUAACCUGCACCGCAACCCGCAGCCUUCAAUGUUCGGCAAAGGGACGGAGGCUGACCUGCUGACUCUCAUGGCACACAAGGCAUCAUGGCCACACAAGCUGGUCUACGCCAACACCUGGUUAUUCGAGCCCCUCCUGAAGGUGAUCAUGUCCCGCAGCCGUGAGACGAACGCCAUCAUCCGCACGACCACCGCUGCCACCAUUGUCCGCGCCGGCGUCAAGGAAAACGUGGUUCCUGCCUCGGCGUGGGCCAUCCUCAACCACCGCGUGCAUCCUGCGCAGCCGCUGGAGGAGGUGGUCAAGCACGACGUCGCAGCCAUCGACGACCCGCGUGUUAAGGUGACGGUGGAGGACACCCGAGAAGCGCACCCGAUUUCACCCUACGGCCCGCACGUGCCCGGCUGGCGACUCCUGGCAGCUACGGUGGCCCAGAUCUUCCCAGAGGCUGUGACCGUCCCAAGUAUGUUGGUGGGCAACACAGACACGAAGUCGUACCUCAGUCUGAGCCGCUGCGUGUACCGCUUCCUGCCCGUGCGGAUGACGGCGCGGGACAUCCAGACCAUCCACGGGCACGACGAGCGGGUGUCCAGCCGGGCGGUGGGCGUGGCAGCCUCCUUUUACCAUCGGCUGAUCCUGACGGCUGACGUGGGCGCCCACGCACUCCGAUCCAAGCCGGGGCACAGGGCCGGGGAGCUCUAGGUUUGACCUGACCUCGCUUCGACCCGGCAACACCCUAGAUCAGCUGCAGGAAUUCAACCAGUCAUCGAACGUCUCAGGCCAUUUUCCUCUUGUCUCGAGCUGGCUUCCUACAGCUGACCUUCUCUCGGGUGUCGUUCACGAACUCAGAGGGUCUUGCUUCUGCCAAGACGAUAGGCCCACGGAACGAAUAUAGGGCUUACUUAAUAUUCUUGUGAUAAGUGUUACGGUGAUGGUCUUUCAUUUUAAUCCUAACCCUUUAGGAUCUGUUGUAAAUUUCAGACAUUGUAACUAGGGAUUUGUAAUAAAUCUUGUGAGGA